UGACCUCCUCUCUCCCCCUCCCACAUACUCCAACUACCUCCCCUCGUUCUCCCCACAAUGGCACCCCCCACCACCCGCGCGGCGGUCCUCUCGGCUGUCGAAGCGCGCCGCGACGACCGCACCGCCGGCACCCGGCUCGCAGGCAAGGUCGGCAUCAUCACUGGUGUCGGACCCGUCAACGGCAUCGGUACCAACGCGGCGCGCCUGUUUGCGCGCGAGCAGGUCGCGGCGGUGUACUUCCUUGAUUUGAGCAAGGAGCUGCCGGCGCUUGCGGAUCUGCUGCGGAGCGAGUACCCCGGUGUCAAGAUCACAGCGAUCAACGGCGACGUCGCGUCCGACGCCGUCGUCUCCGACGUCGUCGCCCGCGCGCUCCGCGAGACCGGCCGCCUCGACUUCUUCUUCGCCAACGCGGGCGUCACGCAGCUCGGCCGCACGCCGCCAGAGCAGCUCGGCAACAAGGCUGGCGCCGUCAAGGAGGUGCAGCAGGCCGUGCGGACCAUUGCGACGAUUCCAGGCGACGAGUUUAGCGAGGUGAUGCGGAUCAACGCGUUGAGCGUCUUCCUGGCCAUCAAGUACGCCGCCCCUGCGCUCUCUGUCACGUCCGCCGCCAAGCCGGUCCCCGGCGGCUCGAUCGUCGUCACCGCCUCGGUCGCCGGUAUCCGCUCCAACGCCGGCCCGAUCGCCUACUCGGCCUCCAAGGCCGCCGUCAUCUCCAUGGCCCAGACGUCGGCCUACGAGCUCGCAGGCAAGAACAUCCGCGUCAACGCCAUCUGCCCCGGCCUUAUCGAGACCAACAUGACCAAGGCGCUCUUCACCCUCGCCCGCGGCUCGGGCAAGGGCGACGCCGUCGGCCAGCUCAACCCCCUCCACCGCUACGGCCUGCCUUAUGAGAUCGCCUCCGCCGCCCUCUUCCUCGUGUCCGACGAGUCGUCGUACGUCAACGGCCAGGCCGUUGCUGUCGACGGUGGCCUCUCCGGCGGCCACCCCUACGCCAGGCUCUAGAUGCCCAGCAGCAUGCAGUUGUACGUUUUGUGAAUGCAGAAAUCAAGCACG